AUGGCGUCCUCUUCUCUUGUCCGAAUCGCUGUUGUCGGAGAUAUUCAUGGCUCCUGGGACCUAGAUGAAGAUCGAAAGGCUCUUCGGCUACUGCAGCCUCAUCUGGUGCUCUUCACAGGUGAUUUUGGCGAGGAGGACGUGCCAAUUGUGCAAAGCGUAGCCGCGCUUCCUUUCCCUAAAGCAGUGAUAUUGGGCAAUCAUGAUGCCUGGCACACCCAGAAAUUUUCAAAGAAGCAAAACGGUGUUCAGAUGCAACUUGAUAUCCUUGGUGACGAGCACGUAGGAUACAAACGCUUGGAUUGCGCCUCAUUUAAGCUCAGUAUUGUUGGUGGACGGCCCUUUUCACAUGGGGGAGAUCAGUUGCAUCGGAAGAAGCUGCUUGUCCAGAGGUAUGGAGUUCGUGAUAUGGAUGCCAGCGCUGAGAGUAUUUGUCGAGCUGCACUUGGAACACCGGAAGAUCAUGUGGUUAUAAUUCUUGCGCAUAACGGGCCAACAGGUCUUGGUUCUCAAGCAGAUGAUAUAUGUGGGAAAGACUGGGCGGCUGAAGGCGGUGACCAUGGUGAUCCAGAUUUGGAGCAGGCAUUGCGUCAGUUGAAGGAGACAACGGAAUUGUCUGUUCCUUUAGUUGUGUUUGGACACAUGCACAAGGAGCUGGAAUCGGGGAAAGGAAACCGGAAGAUGGUUGUGCAAGAUAGUGAGAGCCAGCUUAUUUAUGUGAAUGGUGCAAUAGUUCCGAGGGUUAAAGAGGCAAAUGAGAACUGUCAGGGAAUUAGUUGGAGAGGAAUUGGGCAAAAUGAAAUGCCAGUUGAAGAAGCAGCAGCAGCAGAGUCUGAGAAUGGUGGCACAAUAAGAGCUUUCACAGUGGUGGAGAUUUUAGAUGGAAAAAUUAAGAAAGUAGUAGAAACUUGGGUACAAGUAAUCGGAAGUAUGGCCAAGGUUGUGGAUGAAAAGACAUUGUUUGAGGAUGUAACUUAA